GUGACGUCAUGUAAGAUGGCAGCCGGCGGGCCCGGGGUAUCAGUGUUGGCCCCCAACGGGAGGCGACAGACAGUGAGAGUGACAGCGGGGACCCCCCUGAUACAGAUUCUGGAAGAAGUUUGCAAGAAGCAGAAUUUUAAUCCCAGAGAUUAUGAUCUGAAGUUUCAAAGGACGGUUCUGGACCUAUCCAUGCAAUGGAGGUUCGCCAACCUUCCUAACAAUGCCAAGCUUGAGAUGGUGAGCUGCACUCAGCAGCGGACAGUAGCUGAGAGCACGAAAGUGCGGAUAGCUUUCCAAUUAGAGGAGGGAGUGCGAUUACAGCACGAGUUUCUCAGCAGCCAAACUUUUUGGGAUGUCAUCUCUCAGUUUCCCGAGUCCAGGCCAUAUCUGGAUCUUGUGACAACAGGACACUUUCCUGUCUGUAUUUAUAUGAGAGAUGAGGUGGUCGGAGAACAAGCCUUAAGACAAACUACCCUUCAGUCCUUGGGAAUUACUGGUGGCAGUGUCAUUAUCAGGUUUCUAAUGAGGAAAAAUGAAAAGCCUGUGAACACAGUAGACGUCGAUGUACAAAAGGAUGUGGCACAUGAGAAGUCCACUCUUCCAAAGGUCAUUGAGGGUCCUACGACGACUCAGAAGGAGAUGGUUAAACUUGCAGUGAAUGAGGAGGAUAAAUGCCCCUCUGACAAAUUAAAAAAUGCUAUAUCUAUAGCGGAGACUGUAGCCACUGUAAAAAGCACUGAGGCCUCCUUUGAAGAGGUUUCCAGAUCUUCCCUUGACAGUAAGGAACAGCAGAAUGUGGAGUCCGGUAAUACGAGGGACAGGCAAUAUCCCUCCUGUUCUCACUCAACCCAAUCCCAACCUCAGACUCAGGCUGCCCCCUUCAUCCCAUUCCAGGGUGGUGGUCAGCGCCUUGGAGGUGCCACCCCAUCCUCAUUGCCUUCUGAGCCAGAUAUGCCACAUGCCACAGGCCAAGAACCUUUCCGCAGCCCAGGACCCUCCAAGCCAAAGAAAUCCAAGACUGAUGUGCGGAAUGGAGAUGAUCAGCACAUUGACAGGGAACCCAUUGUGUGCCAUUUGGAUUUGGAGGAAAACGUUAAUCUUACAUUUCAGGAGCCAACAGAUGACUUUUUUGAGGUCACGGUAGAUGAUGUCAGAAGAAGAUUUUCUGAACUAAGAAGUGAAAGGCACAAACUGGAGGAAUCUCCUUUACUGACCAAAGCUCUGAGAGAGUCACAAAUGAAAGAAAAGCUGGAGAGAUACCCGAAGGUUGUGUUGCGAGUUCUUUUCCCAGAUCGCUAUAUCCUGCAGGGGUUUUUUCACAUUACUGAGACUGUUGGCCAAGUGAAGGAAUUUGUCCGUAGUCACUUGGAGGAGUCGCAGCUGCCAUUUUACCUAUUUAUUACCCCGCCACGGACUGAGCUGAAAGAGGAGUCUCAGACCCUAUUCCAGGCUGACCUUUUUCCUGCUGCUGUUGUUCACUUUGGAUCACAGAUACAAAGGGAUCAUUACCUGUGCCAGGAACUGUGUCAAGCCCCGUUGCCUCCCUCACAAGCUGAUCUUAUAGUAGUCAGAGAGAUGCCACGUACAUCGGAAGCUCCUGCAGCUCCGGUUUUGGAGAAUUUCACUGCCUCAACAGCUGAGGAAGUCCAAAAAGCACCUGCAGACUCUGCCGUAAAAGAGGACUAUGAAGCGCCCAAUUCUCAGCCACAGGUUCCAAGAGAUCAUGGAGUAGUUCCCAAAUGGCUGAAAUUACCAGGAAAAAAGUGAGGGACAUUUGAACUCCCAAGGAUUGUUUCACCCCUUGCAUUAGGACGUCUGGGUGCCAUGCUUUUCUGCUGACGUUUCUUUGGUUGAUUGGACUUUAUUAUAUUAUGGAUUGCAGAUGUGUGUUCCGGGGUUCUUGUUUUACUUCUCACUACAGCUGUGCUGAAGUCUGAGUC